CGGGGGCGCAUGCGCGGGGCGGGGCGCGAUUAUUUGAAUCUGACGGAGCGAGGGAGGCGCGGGAGAGAGGAGGCAUUCCGAAGCAGAUAGCGUGUCAUCCGUGUUGCCCGGAUUGCCACCGCUACCAUGGUGGAGAACGGCGUGAGAGUGAGGUCAACGGAUGCACGGUAACUCGAGGCUCACCUCCAUCGAUGAACUGUGCGGGAAUGCUAUCUCUAUGCUCCCAGAAACGAAAGAGAGUUUCUCGGGGUCGCAGGAGCACCCAGACUGACCUUGCGGCAUGGCGAGUCGGAGAAAGGACAAGUGGUUCAAAACCGGUGAACCUCAAAACUGGACAGAAGCAACGUGAGGAAGACUUUACCUCUGACGAUGACCAGGCGCAGGACGGUGAGCGAGAUUCCUUAAGGAAAGCGCUGCGAUACUUCGAGAAAGGUCAGAUCUCAGUUCCCCUGAGGAAAAAUCCAACUCUGCAAAAACACCUGGAGACUGUAGAAAACGUUGCGUGGAGGACGGGGUUACCCCCGGAAUCAAUCGACACCCUGCUGAACGUGGCGCUUAGUGGCAGGUUUGCUGAAGCUGUAAACACACGGCUCUUGAAGUGUAUGAUCCCAACAACUCUGAUACUAGAGACGUCAAUCGUGGCAGCCGUCUCCUGGCUUUGUGUCGGGAAGUGCUCUGGCAGCAACAAGAUUCUCUUUUUUCGAUGGCUGAUUGCAAUGUUUGAUUUCGUCGACCACAAAGAGCAGAUUAAUUCCCUCUAUGGCUUCAUUUUUGCCUUCCUGCAAGACGAGAACCUGUGCCCGUACAUCUGCCAUCUGCUGUAUCUGCUGACCAGAAGAGAGAACGUCAAACCAUUUCGGGUGAGAAAACUUCUUGAUCUUCAGGCCAAGAUGGGAAUGCAACCUCAUCUUCAGGCCCUGUUGUCACUCUACAAGUUCUUUUGUCCUGAACUGGUUUCCAUAUCUUUGUCCACGAAUAGGAAGACGUACUUUAAGGAUUCCGAGUGUCUGUGGAAAACAGCACUCAGUGCUGUGAGGCAAAGAAACCAAGGACCUUCUCCAGGCUCUCCAAAACUGAUUUUGGGAACGACCAGCAUCCAGUCCCGAAGGAGAAAAUGGAAUACUAGUUUGGUUGUACCGCUGUGUAGCAGCCAGGACUCCAACCCGCAGAGCGGAAACAGAGAACUCAAACUCGUUCACUUCCUCAAAACUGAUGAAUCAUUUCCACCAGAGCAACUUCACACCUUCUCCCAACUGCUGCAGAAUGCCCACUGCUUAGAGCUUCCUUCCCAGAUGGGCUCAGUGCUGAAGAACUCUCUGCUGCUUCACUAUCUCAAUUGUAUCAAAGACGAAUCCGUCUUACUGAGGCUUCAUUACUGGAUUAAUAACACCCUGAAAGAAGACUGUAUUUGGCACCCCACCGGCGACCAUUUGGAUAACGAAGAGUUCAAGGAAUUCCUGAACCUUAUUUUUAGAACUGAAUGCUUCUUACAGGAGGGAUUUUCUUCAUGUGAAAAGUUCCUGUAUAAGAGUCUGCCUUCCUGGGAUGGAUUCGGCUUUCGCUCCCAAAUCCUUCCCCUGGUGACCUGGAUUCCCCUUCGGAACUUCUCAGAAAUAAAGGCACUUCUUUGCGAACCUCUAGCGCAGCUCUUCUUCACAUCCUCCAUUUAUUUCAAGUGUAGCAUCCUUCAGACCCUGAGAGAGCUACUGCAGAACUGGCUGUUGUCACAUGCCACAGACAUGGAUGAGGAGCCCAUAAUAAAUAGUCCUCUGAACACUACCCUGGCUGGCCUGGUGAACUCCGUGGCAGAGCUCAUUCACUUUGUCGGCUGGAUGUCCACCAACGCGGUGCGUCUGGAGAACAACAGCACUUUCCUGAUGCACUUUAUUCUGAAUUUCUACGAGACCGUGUGUGACAUACAUCUGAAUUAUAACCUUCCCUUAGUGGUAUUGCUUCCUCCUGGGAUCUUCUACCCAGCAUUGCUCAGCAUGGACGCCGUCACCCUGAACCGUCUCUGUUACAUCAUGUUCAGAUACCGAGCCAACCUGGUCGCCGCAAAGGAGAAUGAGUUGAUAAAAAAGGCGAGACGGCAAUUCAACUUCAGCAGUAGGACUUAUAAAGAGUUCAACCAAUAUGUAAUAGCGAUCGUCGACUGCUUGUGGACAUCCAAGCCCUUCCAGAACAUCCAUUCUCAAGGAAUUUCCUUGGACCGAGAAGUGCUGGAAAAAACCGGAGUGCCCGAAGUCAGGAACUGCUUAAAUAUAGUCCAUCAUCCGGCGCUGUUAGGCUAUGCUGCCCUCUUUCUGCAGCAGGGUUGGCCAGAGAAGAAAGAACUGAACUUGAGUUCCAUUAAGGGAAAGAAGUGGAACUGGUAUUUGGAAUAUCUCUAUUCUGAGGGGCUGCACGGCCUGAAACUCUUCAUUGAGAGCAGCAUCAAUCGCGUUUCCUCCCACUCCCAAACUUGACGGCCGGAGAGGUCCGACCGGAAUAAACUGACCCUUAGGCGGGAACCAUCGAACAUUUGCGUCUCUUCUUCCCUCAGCGUCCACCCUGCGCUGCUCUCAGACUGUCCCCUCCGAGGAAGGAAGCACUGGGCUUAGACUUGAGCCUCGGGCAUCGUGGCCGACCCCGUCUCCGGCCUGCUGCUGAGAUUCGUCUCCCCAGGGAAGUGGUUCCUGGAAGCAGCAGGCUUUCAUCCAGUAUUUCACUGACCACAUCUAGCAGGGCCCGUGGCGGGACCCAAGUGACUUCUCUGCGGGAGGCUCUGCCUGCCCCGGAAUCGUAUGAAAUGACGAUGUCCCAGGGCGGGCUUGCAGGCUGACUUGAUUUCUACCAAUCUGAGUCACCUCCCGGAGCUCGCCAGAGAGUUCCGCCGAGUGACUGAGUUCCCCUCCGGCUUUAAGGGGCAGGGCGGCCUCUAACGUACCGACCCUGGGCCCUGGCUUUCAGGGAUGACCCGCCUGAGGCGGGUGUUGCCUUCGACAGCGAUGCCUUGCAACAGCUGGAAUUCUUCACUCAAAUUUGUACAUUCUGUAAAUUGCUUUUGGGUUCCUCUCUCCUCUCCAUUAAAAAUGAAUUGAAAUCUGUUCUCUGAAUAGAU